AUGUAUAAUCUCUUUCUACAAAAGGUUGAAAAUGUUCGUUUAUUGGAUCGGAUUUCAUCCAAGAAAGCAGCUUUGGGGACUCUAUAUCUGACAGCAACUCAUGUUAUUUUUGUAGAAAAUAUAUCUGAAACUCGGAAAGAAACAUGGAUCCUACAUAGCCAAAUAUCUACAAUUGAAAAACAAGCGAUCACAGCUACUGGAUGUCCUUUAAUUCUGCACUGCAAAAACUUUCAGGUUAUUCAAAUCCUAAUUCCUCAAGAAAGAGACUGUAAUGACAUCUAUAUAUCAUUAGUACGCCUGUCACGCCCAGUUAAAUAUGAAGAGCUGUAUUGCUUUUCUUUCAACCCAAAACUGGACAAAGCUGAGAGAGAGGAAGGAUGGAAAAUAAUUGACUUGAAUGAAGAAUACAAUCGUAUGGGUAUUCCAAAUAGUUUCUGGCAGAUCAGUGAUGUCAAUCGUGACUACAGAGUAUGCGACUCAUAUCCAACAGAACUCUAUGUACCGAAAUCUGCCACAGUGCCAGUAAUUAUGGGCAGUUCGAAAUUUCGAAGCAGAGGCCGUUUUCCAACCCUUUCCUAUUAUUGCCAGGAUAACCAUGCCUCAAUUUCAAGAAGUAGUCAGCCCCUGUCUGGCUUCAGUGCUAGAUGCCUUGAGGAUGAACAGAUGCUGCAGGCUAUAAGGAAAGCAAACCCAGGCAGUGAUUUCAUUUAUGUUGUUGAUACGCGUCCAAAACUCAAUGCAAUGGCAAACAGAGCUGCAGGUAAAGGAUAUGAAAACGAGGACAACUACUCCAAUAUAAAAUUUCAAUUUAUUGGUAUUGAGAACAUCCAUGUGAUGAGGAAUAGUCUGCAGAAGAUGCUAGAAGUAUGUGAGCUCAGAUCUCCUUCCGUGGGGGAUUUUUUUUGGGGACUAGAAAAUUCAGGAUGGCUAAAGCAUAUCAAAACAAUACUGGAUGCUGGAAUCUUCAUUGCAAAGGCUGUGUCAGAAGAGGGUAUCAGUGUCCUUGUUCACUGUUCAGAUGGAUGGGACCGGACGUCACAGGUUUGCUCUGUUGCAAGUCUUCUACUUGAUCCAUAUUACAGAACCAUACAAGGGCUUAUGGUACUGAUUGAAAAGGACUGGAUUUCCUUUGGUCACAAGUUCAAUCACAGGUAUGGGAAUUUAGAAGGUGACCCAAAGGAAGUAUCACCGGUGAUGGAUCAGUUUUUAGAAUGUGUUUGGCAACUUAUGGAACAAUUUCCUUGUGCGUUUGAGUAUAAUGAGAGGUUCCUGGUUCAUAUUCACCAUCACAUAUACUCCUGCCAGUAUGGGAACUUCCUGUGCAAUUGCCAGAAACAGAGAAGAGAAAUGAGAAUUCAAGAGAGAACAUAUUCCCUUUGGUCUUAUUUAUGGAAGCAGCGCAUGGACUACAUGAACCCCCUGUAUAGACCAGAUCACAGCCAGACACAGGGUACCCUGCGACCAAACACUUCUCCUAGCAAUUUUAAGUUUUGGAAGGGGCUUUACAACCGCUUUGAUAAAAGCAUGCAUCCUCGCCAGUCCGUAACAGAUUUCCUUCUGGCAGUAAAAGAAGAAACUCAGCAACUCGAGGAAGAGUUAGAGACCAUGAAUAAGAGAUUAGAGAAAUUGGAGAACCAGCAGUUAAAUGAAUCAAACAUUAUCCUUAAUGAGAAACAGAUCCAUGAUUUCUACACAUGUACUACCAGACUAACGACAUCAAGUGAACCUCAGGAUUCAAAUGGGACCCUUGAGGCUUUUGUUUCCCGUAGUUCUUCCCAAGGUGAAGAGGACUCAGCCCUUAUUCUAACACAAGAACACUUGAAGAGCUCUGAUCCAGACCUGUCUGCUAAUAGUGACCAGGAGUCAGGUGUUGAGGACUUAAGCUGCAGAUCCCCUAGUGGUGGAGAAUCCUUACCUAGUGAAGAUAGUGGUAAAGAUCCAGAUUCUGAUGAAGCAGUGUUCCUGAAUGCUUAAGAUAUGAUGUCUAAGUACUCCCUUUACAUUUUAAUGUACUUCAUAUAUUAAUAGGAAAUAUUUUUUAAUUAUAUUGUCCCAUUAUAACGUUGUACCUAUGUUAUGGCCCACUCACUGAAGAAAUGUCACCCUAAAACAGUGUGGUUUUCCUGGAACUGUGGUUGGAGUUCUCACAAUGCCACCUGUUUAAUUCUGUUACUAUGUUACCAUCAUUGUUUGAUAACAAAUAUGCCUCUUUAGUUGUGAUCCACUAAUUCCUUCUAAAGGGUCAGGAGCAUAUUACAUAAUGUUCUGCUGUACCGUUAUUACAGGUUGACAAUCAGAUUAUGGAACUCUAAUCUCUAAAAUAUAAAAAGUGAAAGACAAUCUCCAAUUUGAAAACUUAGCUUAGCAUUUGCUUCAGCUAGUUGGAUGCUACAUAAAAUUAUAUUCACAAUACUUCUUUAACAGAAAUAUUUUAAUAAAUGUAAUAAUAGUAACAGGAACUGGAGAACCAUAGUAAAUUUUCUCCUGAAGUGCUUCCUCCUCCAUUAGUUUUCUAAAAGUGCACGUAAUAUUGAACAAGUAAUAGAUCUGGUAACGUUACCGGCAGGUUUUUUUUUUAGCAACUUUUAUCUAAGCCACACAGUACUACACAAUCUCUAGUUGUAGCAAUUUCAGUAAGUGCGCCGCGCUCACAUAGUCAUUCCUAUUUCUCUCACACAAAUUAAUAAUGAAAGAGGGUUAAAUAUUUUAAAAAGCAUUUAAAGGCUUUGGAAUGUUUAUAUAAGCUGUAAUUAUUUUUGUUUUGUACAUUCUUGAAACUGUAUGUAGUAUGUCAUCAAUAUUAUUUAGUGUACCUUAGAUCUAUGGUAAUGUGUUUUACAUACGGUUGCCUACUAGAAUAAGAUGCCUUGAACAAAUAUGGGGUUGUGAGUUCAUUCAUCAUAUUUCUGCUUUAAACCCCCCCACAUAG